UGCGCAAUGUGCCGCAGAUGCAUAUUAGUUGGCGCCAGCGGCAACUGGAGGCAAGUUUGAUUUGGACUCUGCACAGAGGAGGACAAAAGCAGCCACAGCCAUGACUAGACGAAGUGGUCGCCUGCAGAAAAGAUCUGAAAAUGCUCCAGGGCAGAAGGGCAAAGUUAAUAAACAAAGCAACAGGAAAAAGGUUCAGCCCCUGUCAAAGCUGCAGUGUGAGAAGAACCAGCUGGUAAUUGAAAGUGUCACCAAGCCCUGUAUUAUCACCGAGGUUCCUGAGAAGGAAGUCAGGAUCGACUGUGAUGAGCCGGGCUGUCCGGUUCUCAUCGCCAGAGAUUCUUCAGUUCAGCCGUCUCCUCUGCCUCAUCUUGGAUGGGGCUUCUCUGAAGAUGUGUGGAUGAAAAUGGUCAGCAAGGAGCAGAAUUACAGACACAGCAAGAGCUUCAUGCAGAAGCAUCCCAGGAUACAACCCAGAAUGAGAUCAAUCCUUCUGGACUGGUUAAUCGAGGUGAGUGAGGCGUACACUCUUCACCGGCAGACGUUCUACCUGGCACAGGACUACUUCGACCGGUUCAUGUUGACCCAGAACAACAUUGAAAAGGGCGUGCUGCAGCUCAUUGGGAUCACCUGUCUUUUUAUAGCAUCAAAGAUGGAGGAAGCCUGUCCUCCGAAGCUGUCACAGAUGGCGUAUGUGACUGCAGGGACCUGCUAUGAGGACGAGAUUCUUCAAAUGGAGUUAAUCAUUUUGAAGGAGCUGCGUUGGAACCUCUGUCCUGAAACAGCCGUGUCUUGGCUGAAGCUUUACUUCCAGAUGGCUUCGAUGAGCGCCAACUCUGACCUGCUGGAGCCGCAGUUUCCACAGGACGCUUACGUCCAAAUGACACGUCUUUUAGAUCUGUGUAUCCUCAACAUAAACUCACUGGACUUCCAGUAUCGAGUGUUGGCUGCGUCGGUCCUUUGUCAUUUCCUUCAACAGGAAACCGUUGAAAAGAUUUCAGGUAAGAUUUGGGAUUAAUGAAAUUCACAGAAACAUAAUGCUCCAACACUAAAUUGGGGGAAAGUCAGUGUUGUCAUUACAGUAGAUAUAUUGUUGUAUUUGUGCUCAGGUCUGUCGAAAAGACGUCAUCCAGCCGUGUGUGAACUGGAUGGCUCCCUUCGCUGAGUCAGUCAGUCAGUUUGGCCGAGCGACGCUGAGGGAUUUUGUCAGAAUAAAAGACGACAGACACAACAUCCAGACACACACAGACUAUAUGACCAUGCUGGAGGAUGCCAGUCUAAAGGAGGUGAACCGCCAGUUCCCCACUCCUCCCAGCAGCACAGAGAAAACCUGCAACCACUGAACUACAAGAGGACUCUGAAGUGAGCGUGAACAAAGAGGACACAGGGUUAAUGUCUCUCAAACAAAGACUGAGAGGCUCCUGUUGUAGCCAGUAGACACAAGACUGUUCACAGGAAUAGAGCCUUGAUGGGAGUUUGAUACCUGCUGAUGUGACUGAAUGCUUUAUCCAGGAUAAUGUGCCUGUAUUUGAAAGAAUCUUAGCCAAAGCUUUUUGUCUUAAGAUUCUAGCUGUCUUUUAGUAACUAAAUGGGUGCAUUGAUUCAGAAAAAAUGUUUUUAAAA